GAGAUCGCGCCUUGUCCUUCGCCACCAUGUUUCUCUGAGUUUACGAACCCCAAGCAACCUGUUAAUUCUACCCGAUUACCCUCACGUCCUUGGCUUUGAAUAUGUGGUAUCCGUCCCCGCCUGACCCGAAUCCGGGCACGGCUGCACCGAGCUUGCUCUCUCUGUCGAUAGCGGCGGAGACGGCUGCCCCGAUCCCGGUCGAGGCGACGACGGAGACCCAGGCGCCUGGUUCGGAGGCGACAACGGACGGCGGCCAUGAUGCGGAUCAGCAGCAGCAGGGCUCCCUGAGCACCAGCGUCGGCGCCAAGAACCGCAGGCUGUCCGCUGUGACGAGGGGGAAGCGUCUGAGCGACGCCAAAGAGGCUGCCAUGCGUCCUUCCCCGGUCGGAUCCCUGUCCAUGUCGUCCCUUUCCAUUUCGUCUUCCCCUGGUGCUCCUCACCCACCGGCCGCACGUUCCUCGUCCACCCAUGAUAUUCCAGUCAUCGAGGCCACGUCCACGUCUGCUUCCCCGCCCGCGGUCACGGCACCCAUAGCGAUCGGUCACGGCAAGCACGCCAAGAAGCGCGGGUUGGAGUACAAGUGUGAGAGCUGCAGCAAGGUCUAUCGCCACCCCUCCUGCCUCAUCAAGCACCGGUGGGAGCACACGCCGCACUGGCGUGAGGCUUCAAAGUACGUCCUCAGCAAGCAUCAGCAGGUCCAGCUGCUCGAGGCCGCCGCGAUCCUCUCGCACAUCUCGCCCUCUGCGCAGGGUGGUACCUCGCUUCCGGAGGACAGAUCGCUUUGGCCGAGCUUCCUCACCGGCGGCAGCUUGCCGCGGGAGGAUAGUGGAGCUGCAGGCGGAUGGGGCGAGGGGUCGGGCAGCCUGCGCUGUGGGGAGCCCGGUGGGCGCCUGCGGCACGAGGAGUCCUCGUCUCCGCAAGGUCCGCACACGUCAGCGUCCGCGCCCAUUCGGCGCGCAGGCUCGACGGGUCCCCGUCUACACGACUAUUCGGUCCCGGAGGCUGCAGGCGGUAUUACGCAUCUGCGUCCUGGUAUCGUGGGCGUGCCCACUGGUCCGCCUGCGGUCGAGGAGAUCUGCCUCUCGCCGUUCGGCGUGACGAGCGCGCCAGUGCGUGUCUCUCCUGUUAGCGCGCCCGAGCGUGCUGUCAGUGCUGCGUCGUCACCCUCCCAUGCUCCGCCCUCGAGCGCGCCGGCGCAGGCUUGGGGGUACGGCCGCCAGUCAGUGCGCACGCCCUCGUCGCUGUCGCGCUCUUACUCGGGGAGCGCGAGCGAUGACGAUGAGAGCGUCGUGGUGGACAUUGACGACGACGCCCACAACGCGACGGGCGCGGGCAAGGGAUCGCACAACGCGUAUUUGGGCAGCGUUGCCAACUCCUCGUACUUGGGCAGCGCCAACGCGUCGUACCUCGGCAGCGGGCCUCCCUACGUCGGCCAAUACGGCUACCUCGGGAUGGCAGGCUAUAUGAAGCCGGAGGAUGAUGAUGACUUCCCCAUGCGCCAGGACGAGCUGGAUCUUCGCGCGAAGCCAGCGGUGAAGCAGCAGGACGAGUGGGGCGGUAUGGACGUUGAUAUGGAUAUGGAUUAGGCGGGCUGGUGGAGGAGGGAGAUGAGGUCGCAGAGGUGGAAGACGAGGUUGUAUGCUCUGACUCGCUCGGUUGGUCCCUAUACGUCUCUCACGAACUUGUAUGCUCCUCCCCUCACGACAUUCAUGCCUUACCUCUUCUCCUCUCACCCGCCGGCUCCUACGAAGGGUUCUUCGCCAGUGCCUACGCAAUAUUCGUCUCGCUUGUUCUCGAUACCUACCUACCUACCUAUUCUCGCUACUUGUUAUUCGCUCUGGAAAUGUGUACAUAUCUAUUCACGAAGUGGAACGUCUCGCAAAUGUUACCGCGCUCUGUGUACAUAUAUUCGUGCGGCUGGUCGCCAAGAAUGGACAAUGUAAAUAUAUACUCGAUCAUGAUG